AUGUCAACAAGUGUGGUAUCCUCCAAAGCCACCCUCCGCAUCCCGACCACAUCCCUCCUCAACAUCCUUCCCAAAGUCCUCCAUUCUUCCAUCUUGACCAGCCGGUAUCAUGCUGCAAAGUCGAAUGACCUUGUCAUUCAAUCCGACGACUCGCGUAAACAAAACGACAACGUGACCGGCUGCUUCCGCAAGCUCCAUGAAUUGAUCGUUCAAGCCGGCCGCGACGCUGUGCCUGGCGAAACCAGUGUGGAGCAGACCAAGAGAGUGGAACAGCUGCAGAAGGCAGAGGCUGCAGGAAGGAGAAAGAUGAAAGAGCUCCAGAGCAAGAAGAAGAGUGCACGAAGAGGCGGCGGUGGCCGCGGCGAUGAUUGA